AAUAAAUGAAGAAAUGAAAGAAACUUUUUCAUCGCAUUUAGGUAAACAAAAAAUAACCCGAAAAUGUGCGUUGGUGUUAGUGCAUAGAGAAAAAAUGUGUAGUUGUAUUUAAAUAUUUGACACAAGAGGAUAGAUGUGGUUGGUAGGGUUUAUUUCCCUUCAAAUUCUCUGGUUGUAUAAGUAUGUGAGAGAGUUGUAUUUGUAUACAUUUUUCGCUGUUAAAAAUUGAAUAUAAAAUAACUUAUUUUUCUGCAAUCAAGAAUGAUAGGGAAAAAGAUUACGCAAUGCGCAUGUUUGCUUUCAGUCAGCUGUUCUUGCUGUCGUCACGGUUGACUUAGUAUUCGCCCGCGCUAAUGAAAGUGAAUUCGAAUUGUGUUUUCAAGUGUUGUAUUAAUUGUUAAAUUCUAUAUUUUUUAAAUGCGUUGUGCAGUGUUCGGUUGUAAUAAUAACAAUGGUAAAAAUAGUGCUACGAAUCGGACGGAUAAAAUUAACGUUAAAAAUGCGUGCGUUUGUGAAGUGCACUUCGCGCCAGGAGCUUUCGAAAUAAAUUUGCAGUUUGAAAUGGGUUUAAGUUCGCGGAAUCCAACGAAGUUGCUAGCCAGCGCUUUUCCCACGUUAACCACUGUUCCUGCAGAGGCUAAUGAACGGCAGAAAAGGAUGGAGUCUCGUUCCAAAAAAGAGAUGUUGACAACAAUCUGGAAGAAUACCGACCCUGUUGAAGUAAUUAAAAAAAACGACGUUGGAGUGGCACCUCAAACUGCAGAAGAAGAGGUCAUCGAUGAAAAAGACGAAAAAAUACUGCAUAUGGAAACAGAAAUGUUAAUCCUAGUUGAUAUUGAUGAAGUACGAGUAUCUUUUACUUACAUAAGUACAUAA